UACAUUAAUGACAACAAAUGUUCAGGAAUGAUGUCAGAUACCAAUGAAGCAACAGUGAUAUUUUUGAGAAUGUCCGAAUGAUCAUCUAUAUCUUCUAGUCUCACAGUAACAUUGUUUGCUAUGGCUGAUGACGUCACGAACUCUGCCUGCCACAUGCGCUCAACCUGAAAACCUGUCUCAAUCUACUCCAUUUUCCUCGGAAAAGAAGAAGCGGAUCUCUAAUCAGAUGAAUGUUCAAAUCAAUUACGGAAAGUAAGGUUCCCCUGUCGACAUCAUCUGUAGGAGCUGUAGUGCCCCCCAGAGGUAAAUCUCCACAGAUGCUAUGAGCAAGGAGGACAAACCUGCGCCAAGUCCGGUCCAUGGACUGUUUGAUGCAGCCAGCCACUUGCUGGGUCCCCCGCCACUGGGAUCUGCCGUAUCUCCGGGUGGCCUCCCCUUCCCAGCACUCGCACACCUCCCUGCUUUCUCAUUCCUUGGUCGACCCCCGGGUUUCCCCCCCUCGGCGCUCUUCGGGUCCCUCGGAGCCUUGCCAAACCCCCUGUUUGCUCAUGGCCCAAACCCAGUCACAGGUGGCGCCGACUGGUGGCGAUCUGCGUCUGAGCAGGCUCGUAGACUUGCGGAGGGUACAGGGCUGGAGGUAUAUGCUGGCAGUUUGGGCAGUGUGCUGCCUCCAUCUUUCUCACCACUCGCCACAGGGCUGGAGUUCCCCCACCGUGUGGGGCUCGAGCACCUGCUGCGAGCCCCUGUCGACAUGGAUCACAAUCGAGCGCUCUCUGACUAUCUUGACUUUGGGCUAUCUCCAGGCUCUCUGUUGUCGGGGAUGAAACAUCUUGCCGAAGCUUCCGCAGGAGGUCCAAUAUCGUCAAAACAGUCGUCAUCGUCAUCACGCUCACGAGGCACCAAGUCAUCUACAUCAACGUCAUCGUCCUCCACUGCCAGGAGCCUCCUCAAUGGCACAGGGCCUAGUUCACAUAGUGAUGGACGUAAACGCAAACAAAAAUCAUCCUCUUCUCACUCAUCAGGGACGCCCUCGCCCGCCAUACCAUCAUCAACGUCAUCAUCGUCAACGUACAAGCCAUCCUUACCUAAAAGUGAAUCACCAUUGGCUUUAACCACUACUGUUCAACCAUCACAAGAAAAAUCGUCGCCUGUCCACAAAAAGAAGAGCAAGAAAGUAAACAUGGCUGAAAACGGCAGCCAUUCGGAUCUAAGCUCUUCAAGCUCUAGUCUCAGUGAUGACAGCUCAGGAGAAAAUCUGUCCAGUGAUGAGUUCGAUAAGAAGGCAGGUGCCCUAGCUCACCAGAUAGACGGGCUGAAGAAGAAGCUGCUGGCCGACCAGAUCCGCCAACGUGUGCAGAGUAAACCAGAGUCGCCCCAGUCCUCCUCAAAGUCACACGAACACAGUCGCUCAUCCAAGUCCUCACAUCAUGAUCGGGAACGGAAGUUGCGGGAGGAGGAGUUGCGGCAACUGGAGGCGGAGCUGCAGCACCAGCAGAAGCAGCUCAAGCAGCUCCAGAAGCAGGAGAAGGAGGCAAUUCAGCACAUGCCAGAACAGGCGUCGUCAGGAGCAUCCUCCCCAUGUCACAGCAGCACCACGGGACUCAAGCUCCACAUCAGUAAAGCUGCAAUAGCUAAACACCUAAACCACAGACUAGGAGAGGAUGGCCCUGGAACUUCAAAGUCCAGUCUGAACACCUCGGGUAGUGAGUCAGGGGGAGACAACUCUAAUAAUUCUGAUUCAGAGAGUGACAGUGACAACUCCGACGAUGACAGCGGGGACAGUGACUCGGAGAGUGACCCAGAUGCCUCUCGUAACGAGGAUGGGACGAAAAAGACCAAAACUGAGGAUGGGGAGGAAGCCUCACCAGCAAAGCGUCGUCGCAUCAUUACAAAUGAAAAUGACCUUCGCAUUCCCCUUGAGCAUGGAUGGCGACGACAGACAACAAUUCACACAAUGGGUCGCAGAGGCAUUGUGGGAGAAGUGCUGUACUUUGCACCAUGUGGGAAGAAGAUGAAGACAAUUCCUGAUGUGAUGAGGUACUUGGAUAGAAAUAGCAUCACAGACCUCUCCAGAGACAAUUUCACAUUCAACACCAAGGUUAAUGUCGGCGAGUUCUCCGAGAUGAGACAUGGGCAUGUGAUGCCUGUGCCACUGGUGGAGGCAGAGAUUCUAGAGCGUAUCGCCAUGUCGAAGGGCAAGCGAGCCAGGAUGAAGGAGCUGGCCCAGAAGAGGAAGGAAAAGGCCCUGAAACAGCAGGAGCUGGCCAAGCACUUCAUGGAAGUGAAGCUGAAGCGGAAGCUGGAACAGCAAGAGGCUCACUCUAUUGAGCUUGCGAAAAAAGCUGCAGAGAACAAAUUUCAGAAGAGACUUGACUUACAAAGGCAGAAAGAGCUUUCGAAGAAGUCAAACCAGCUCAAAGCGGCUGAGCGUCGGAAACAGAAGGAACAGAGUAAGGUAAUGAAGCAGCAGGAGAAGGUUAGAAGACAGGAACAGAUGAGGCAGGAGAGAGAGAUGAGAGCCCAGCACAUCCUAGAGUCCAACAUACUCUGGUUUCAUAUGGAGAGAGAGAGAGAGAUGAAGAGACAACAAGCCGUCAUGAUGAGGGAGCAGGUAAUGAAGAAUCUCAGCAUCGAACGUGAAAGACGGCGCCAGCACUUACUGCUUGUGAAGGCUCUUGAGGCUCGAAAGAAGCAAGAGGAGAAGGAGCGAGUGAAAGUAGAACGCUUACAAGAGAAACGGAUAUUCAGAGAAAGAAAACUGGAGCAGCGUCGGAUGGAGCUAGAGAUGGCGAGAGAGAUGAAGCGACCUUGCGAGGACAUGGAGCUUCGUGACAACCGGGAGUUCCAGGAAUUUCCCAGAAUCCCCGGUGUGCGUCUGGCAGGAGCUCCCUUUGCAGAUUGUCUGAUGGCGAUAGAGUUUAUGCAUAACUUCGGGGACGCUCUUGGACUUGACAAGGACUCCAUCCCCACGAUGAAGAUCCUCCAGAAUGCACUGUUGAAUGAUAACGAUGAAGACAUGGAGGAGUUUCUGUGCCUCAUGUCACAUCUCGUUCGAUUUGGACUGGAUGACCCUGGUGUUCCGAACCCUAAAGAGGCUGUGACGAAGCUUAACCAGAAGAUUACUGACAUCGAGCUCACAGACUCCACCCUCUCCGAGAUCCUCCGAAUAUUCAUCAUUGCCCGCAAUGGCAAGAAGACUGAGAUGAGCGACUGGCUAGAAUUACAUCCCCUGGAAGCCCUCAAUCCCACCAAGAAGGCAGCCAUCUUGGCCUUUAUAUGCAAUGAGUUGCUAGGCAGCCGAGUCAUCUCGGGCGAGGUGGACAAGAACAUAGAGACAAUCAACACACUCCGCAGGGACAAGUGGCUGGUGGAGGGAAAGCUCAGGCAAUUGAGGAUGAUUCAAGCCAAGAAGUGUCGGAAGGCAGGGAAGCCCCUGGACACGUCCGCCAACCAGCCUAAUGUGGAGGAGGACAGCACAAACAUGUCUGCCAGUAAACAAGGGAGUGAUGACGAGGACGACAAGGAUGAGGAUGACGAUAAGGACGAUGAGGACAAGGAUGACGACAGUGGUAAUGACAGUGAUGCCACCAAUACUACCAACGCCACAGGUGCUGUGUCUGAGGAGGAAGAAGAUGGGAUCACAAUUGAAGAAUGUGAAAAGAAGAUUGAAAAGUUGACCAAGCAACAUGGACUGUACAGGAACAAGGUUUUUGAUGCCUCUCACAAACUGCGUGGCUUGACACUCGGCCAGGACAGGUACAAGCGCCGAUUCUGGAUAUUGCCUUAUGCUGGUGGCCUGUAUCUUGAAGGUCUGGAGUCUUCGAAGGAGAUUUAUGAUGAUAACCCGGAGUUAGUCGGACCAAAGAAGAAGACAGUGAAAUUAGAAGCAGAUGUUAAAAAGGAAGCAGACGUUAAAAAAGAGGCAGAUGUGAAAGAGGAAAAGAUGGAGACAGAUGAAGUAAAGGAAAAACAAGUGAAGGAUGAAAAGGAGGAAGUGGUGAAUGAGAAAGAUGGGGGCCUUGUGAUUGAGAAGGAUGAAAAAGUUGUAAAUGGUGAAUGUGAUUCAAUGAAAUUAGAUUCGGAGAAGGACUCGGUGAAAUCUGAAAGUGUUAUAAUGGAGGAGUUGUCAAAGGUUGUGAAGGAAAAUGGAGAAAAUGAAGAAAAAAAAGAAAAGAGUAAUUGUAAAAUUGAUACCAAUUUAUUCCUCCAAAAGGCGGACAUUACAAAACUUAGUGACAUCUUGAAAAUACCAAAAAGAGACUCUUUGAAAAACUCUCCAAAGGAGGUUGUGAAUAAUGUUCACACAGCUCUGACGAUACCGUCGCCAAUAUCUUCGCAUUCCACAUCACUGGUCAGUAGUACACCAAUUACCUCCCCUUGUCCAUCGUCCCCCUCUCAUAAAACCGAGACCAAGCAUAAUUUCACAAGCAUCGAUUCGUUGCUCAAGAAAGAGACAGACAGUACUACAAAUAAUACAUCUAAUAAUCAUUUUCUCCCUCCAAAUAUUUUCCCCCCAUCACCUCUAAUCAAGGAUCAUCACAUGAACAGUUAUACAGACAUCCUUGAACAAAAGCCAUGGUUCAGUAUAUUACCCAGAAUGCCUUGCGAUGAGCAGUCAUUAACGCGCACACCCCACUCCAACAAUUCACCAUCAAUUGUGUCAAACACAUCCUUAUCAUUUUUCCCUCUUCUGCCAUUCCCGCCAUCAAGCCCAGGGUUUGGUUCAUUCCAAAUGGGUCAGUUACAGAAUAGUACAUUGGACUCCAGUUUAUUGUCAAAUUCAGACACAUCUUUGGCAAAUUUGUCGUCAAGUUUGUCGUCCUUCAAAGUGCCGCCCCCACCUUGUGAUACUCCAACCAGCUCCAGCUGUACUGGAAGUGUUACCAUGGAGAUGCUCAAACCUGUCAAGAUCGAGCCGCUACCUAUUCCUGAUGACAAGCAGCUAAACUGGUGGCGCCUCCUGGACGAGGAGCAUGUGAAGGACAUCCUCAAGUGCCUCCAUUCACGCGGCAUCCGGGAGAAGAAUCUCAUGAAGAACAUACAGAAGUACCUGGAGUACGCCUGUUCCUGUUGUGGCAAGGGAAAUGACAAAGUGAUGAAGUUUGAAGUAAAGAAGGAGUGCAAUAGUCCGGGCAAGAGCAAAGCCCACAAAGAAGCAGAGGCAGCUCGGCUAAAGAAAAUGGAGGUGCCACGGCCUGAUGACCCUGACCACUGGCACCCAGAUGCCAACCUGGAGGUGGAGAUGGGCGCCCUGGAGGAGGUGGAAGCUCUGGAAGAGCGCAUCUUCCAGGCCAGUCUGCAGGUCAAGGUCAGUGUCAGGAAUGGCUGGAAGCUGCCAGCGAAGGCAACCGAGGACCCUAACUUGGAGCUGGUGUGUCGCACUGUUACUGAGUUGAAGGAACACCAGCGCUACCCGCUCGAUGUGGCCAGGGACAGGCUUCUGAAGCUGGAGACGAACGUGGAGAGACGCUACCUCAAACCCCCGCUCAUCAAGAGGAACGUGAGGUGGGUCGGAACCACCAAUAAGUACAGCAGCCUGCCACCUAAUCUAGCCAACAUGUCGAGUUCAAGUGAAGGACAUGCAGGGGACCAGGAAGACGACGACCAGGAACCCACCAAUGUGGAGGAGAACAUUCCGCCAGGCCUGGUCUUGUGGCGGAAGGCGGUGGCUGCAACCACGUCGUGUGCACAGCUCAUGUUGUGUCUACUACAGCUCAACAACUCCAUAUCUUGGGAGAAGUCCAUUAUGAAAGUGAUCUGCCAGAUUUGCCGGAAGGAUGACAAUGAAGCCGAACUCCUACUGUGUGACGGGUGUGAUAAGGGCUACCAUACUUACUGCUUCAAGCCGAAGAUGGAGAAUAUACCAGAUGGAGACUGGUACUGUUAUGAGUGUAUUUCAAAGGCUAGCGGCGCCCCUCACUGUAUUGUGUGCGGCAAGAAGUUGGGGAAGAUAGUGGAGUGUGAUCACUGUCCCCGUGCCAUACACAUCGACUGCCUCGACCCACCUCUACCUCGUAUUCCCAAGAAAUGGGCCUGUCCUGCUUGUAUGGUUGGAAAGAAACCCAAGCGAGUGAGAAAGAAGCGUCCAAGUGAAGGACGAGAGCGAAAGGAUUCGGAAAGUAGCAAGACGGAACCUACAGAGAAGAAGAAAAAAGAGUCCAGCUCACCGACCAAGGAUAAGGAUCUAGUCAUCUGCGGGAAGCUCCUGGCAGAGAUGGAGAAGCACAACUGUGGAUGGCCUUUCCUCCAGCCUGUCAACGUCAAGAAGUUCCCAUCCUAUAAAAAAUACAUCAAACACCCCAUGGACUUUGCCACCAUGAGGACCAAACUCAGGGACAACCUUUACAAGUCACGCCACGAGUUCGCAGCUGAUGGGCGAACUGUGUUUGACAAUUGUGAAACUUAUAAUGAGGAUGACUCCGAAGUUGGCCAAGCAGGACACACGAUGAAGAAAUUUUUAGAAAAACGCUUCAAGGAACUCUUCGGAGAAGACAGCUAGUCGUCAUGGCAACUGGAUUGACAGUUGCUGACACCUACCCAGUGUAUUUCAUUGGACCAACCACAAAAACAGCAGCCAGCCAAUCAGAUCCCAGUGUUCAGCAAUAGGGAAUACUCACUGGACCUUGUUGCCAUGGUGACUGUUGUCGGGGAGAUUCAUUGCCAUGGAUACUCUCGUCACCAUGCCAUGAUGUGUUCUUUGUUUUCAGGGAUAUGUUUACAUGACUAUAUGUGCUCAUUGUUUCGACACCAAGAACCCGAGGUGUCAUUUGUUUCAUUCACUAUGUGACAUGAGCAAAAUGUUGAAACUCCACAAAGCAAUGGUACCAUAAUCAAUUUGAAUUUCUAUGUGUUUCAUUGUUUCAAAUAUGGUGAUUAUUUAUUUCAAUAAAAAUGCAAUAUUGUGCAUAGUAUUGAUCGAAUUGUGACACAACUUCACAGUUUUAGAUGGGAUUACGAGUACGGGGCUUGUACAAGUGCUUUACUUGUGGGGCAAGUUUAAUGUUGGAAUAAAGUAUUCACCAAGAGUAGUUGUCCAAUAACACUUAUGUGCUCAAUUAGAAAUCCUUUUGUGCUAUUUAUGAAAUUGGUAUUGAUGAGUUGUUUUAAGAAGGGAGUGCGAGCUUCAGAUGGAAGUGACGAAACAGUACCUACGUAAUCAAACAUGCCUAUUGGCUAGUCAUCAUCACCAUAUGGUCUUUUACAAAUGCAUUUAUAUAAAGUACUGCUGUAUAGAACUCUCCUCUCUGCUGAAAGUGGAAAGGUAAGUUAGCUUCAGUUUCACAUUUGUCUUGAGAUGCUUGGCUCCGAUCCUAUUGUAGGAUACAUAUACUACAUGGAGGAAUCAAGUUUUCUUUAAAAUCACAUGUAUUAUUCAUUAAACAAUGUUAAGCUUCAAGUUAUAAAUAAAUUGUUUCAAGGUGUGUGACUGGUGCCAUUGGGCCCGUUGCCACGGCAUUAUUGUUAUGGUUUCCAUAGCAACAAUCUUUUUGGGAGCAAUAGAGCUUUAUACUAAUAUGUGCAGCUAUUUUCCUGUGUAGAUGAGAAAUUACCACAAAUUAUUUUAGCUAAGAUGAAAAUACCAGAUGCAAAUGCAUGUUCAGUGAUCAGUGAAAUACAGUGAUUGUGUCCAAACUUGGUUUGUAGGUUCAUCGAGGUAGGCAAUGUCUUCAUUUGGCCUUUUAUAAAAAGUGCUUUUGGUGAACCUUAAUGUUUGGGUAGUAUUAAGUAUGAAUAAUGUCAUAAUAAGUUGUAUGUAUAUGAGAGGGUCAAUAAAGCAAUAUUGAUUGAUAGCGCCACCAACUUGGCUCAAAUAUUGGCAAGUUGGAUCAAAAGGAGACCAAUACAGUGAUCAAAUAAAUAUUAAAGUGGACUCACAAAUUACUGUUAAUAACCCAAUAAUACUGAGUUUGUCGCCAGCAGAACGGGCCUGCAGUUGUUAAUAAUAUGCCACCAAAUAACCAAUCUGUCAGCUUAAUUGCCUUUACACAUUGUCGGUCAGUAAUUUCAUCUAGUGUGUCAUUGCUAUCAUAUGAUGUAAAUACUGUUGUAAUUAUCAAUACUUACAAAAGACUUUUUAUAUUGUUUAUCUUUAAAUCUUCAUAGUAUUUUUGUCUGCAAUUACAAAAAAAAUGUUACAAUAUUUUACAAGAAUGUUUAGUGGUUUUUAUAAGCUCGUAGCUCCACUUGUGUCAUUGAAAUGUUAUUUCUUGUCAAAAUGUUAUUUAUGUUUUGUUUGAUAUAAAAUAUUCAUCACAGAACAGUCUUUAGUCUGGGCAUUAUUGUUUCCUAGCUGUAACGUAGAACAUUUCAGUUGCUUCCGUAGAUCCUUAAUUCCCUGUAGGAAUGAUUCAGCGUGUUUGUCGAGGACAAAGUAAGUGUAUAGAUGUCUUUCAAACACUAUUAUUGUUGUGAUUUAUGAAAGUAUUUUUAAAUUUAGGCUGAAGUGAAAGUUUCAUGCAUUGUACAAGACAUUUAAGUAUUAUAUAUUUAUCUGAGUAUUCAGGAUGUAUGUUUGUAACAAUUUGAUUUACGGAGCAUACCUCAAAGUUUUCACACAUAUCAACCUAGUGUUGAAGCUGUGCCUUUUGCUAGAUAGAGAUUAUUGUCAUAAUUUCUGUCAUUUCCAUAGACGUUCAGCAGACAGUGGGAUUUGUUAUUCAAGAGCUCUUGAAUUUACCUCCACAAAUCUUUGCAAACAUAUCAACCUGAUGAUGAAACGGUAUCUGUAACUGAUGAGGUAGUUUUGUAGUUUUUAUGGAAACAUGGACAUAAUUGAAGGUGAGCCUGUUUUGGGAAUUUCUUCUUACAACUUUAGCGUUGCGCUUGGGCUUGUAUGAUCUUUUUAUGACCAUUGUUUUCGUGUGUCAGCUUUAAAGAUGUCAUGCACGGGCACUGUAAAACAUAGCAAAGUGCUUUUGAGGCAUUUUCGGAACUUACAUCACCUUGUCUUUUCGUUUCAGCCUAAAUUUUGAAAUAUGUUUAGUUGCAGCGAAUCUAUGUAAGGGAGGCAACUCCUGUGCAGGUUCCGAUUUGUCAAUCAGUCAGGGAUCCACUAUGAUUCAAAGGAAAUAGCCAAGAAAUAUAUUUAUUACCGUAAAUAUUCUGAUUACAACAACUGCAAUAUCUAAGGGCUUAAGACCCUUAAUGAACAUAUGUAUGUUGAUAUUAUUUAAUUAUCUAAAUUAAUUGUUGGUUAACUAUGAAUGGAAAGUUUAACUUUAAAGGGUUAAGUGAUGGUAUUGGUGAUGAUUUAGGUAAUUAGGUAAUUAUAAAAUAUAGACAAUGAAGUAAGCCAAGCAGGUCCUUUCUUUGAAAGAACAGUAUUUUUGUGUUGGUUAAGUCUAACACUAUUUAUGAAUUAUUAACAGGAUUCUCGGAAACUACAGAUGCCCCACAUGCAUCAUCAUCAUCAUCAUCAUCAUCAGUGGAUUUCUAUACACAACGUUCCUCCUUCACCUGUAAUUACACACAACAGAUAUGUCCUGUAGCAGUAUGUGUCUAUUUUAGUAAGGCCACUCAUUUUCUACUUUUCGUUUCACGGUCCCGCCACCCCUACUGAAAAACAACUGGAAAAGAAUUCAAUUAAACUUAAAACAAUAUAUUUUAUUAUGUCUCUCGCUAGUAAUAUAGACCCUCUUAUACAACAUAAAACGUUAUGUUUAAAUUUUGUCUACAUCACUAUCAGUGAUUCUAGAAGCCAGCUGCAGUGUUAACUCCACGGCAGAAUGACUUUUAUAUAAAUAAAUAAAUGAUUGACAUCGCUAUUUAUUUUUACUUUUAUUUCUGCUGACCUUGUGUGGAAAAGCUGGAAUAAUUCUGUAAAACAUAAAAUUUAAAAAGUGUGCCUAAGCUUAUGAAAUGAGGUCUUUUAUAACUACUUUAUAACUUUGCGCGAACUCUAGCAUUGGCUGAACCAGUAUAGGGAACAGAUACUACAGUGCUAGGGCACACGGUGCCCCUGUUGUGAAGUAAGAAACGUUUGUGUGAUGUCAGCUGAGGGGUAAUUGGUCGUGUACUCGUAGCCUCCACCACUGGAAUCAGGCAAUGGUGGAUUUGGUUGUUAUAAAUAGCGACUCCACUGCAGUGGACCAGUGUAUUCAUGGGUGACUGAUGAAGGACUGGUUGAUGAUGCAUGUGAGGUGAUGAACCCUAAUCAUCCGACUACUUGUGGAAGGACCAAUAUGUAUAGCUGUUUCCUGGGGUCACAGGUCGUACAGAAUCAAGUGUUGAGUUCAGUCGUUGAUAACCUUCAGUCCUUUAAGGAUAACAUUUUUCAUAAUGUUCCAGCCUUUGACACAUUUCGAUGCUGUUUAAUCAUUCCCUUCAUAUAUCACACAUUAUGAACUUCUCCAAAGAACUGAAACUGUUUUAAAAAUGCUAAAUGUUAAUUUAAUUUAAAAUUAUUAUAUGAUCUAUCAAUUAUCUGUUAAAAGAAAAUUCAGUUACAUUAAUUAUUAUAUACUACUAAAUAUGCUUAAUACCAUCCGAUUCUAUAACACUAUAAUUAAUCUGUCCUGCUAUGCUAACUAUAGUACAGUAAUGUGAAAUUGGGCGGGCCUUAACUUGUUUUUGAGUAGUAUGAUGUACCCUGGGUAAUUUAGAUGUGAUAUUUUCAAAGAAAAUGUUCAUGCUGUCAAAUAAUUAGCUCAUUUCCGCUAUCAAACACUGAAUGUGUUGAAUGUUGCAUUUUCCAUUUCAUUAAGCGGUGUUAGAACCAUGUAUGAUGGUAGCUAUUUAUUGUUUUGUACGUACCAUGUAUAUUUAUUGUUAUCACUCUUUGGUAGACGGCUAUGUACAUUGCAUCUUCAAAAAACAUUCAUAUCAUGAUCGCGCAACUAACUUCCCAACGGGCAUGUCCAUGUAGAUGAACCCACAGAUCUGACAAGAAUGUGAAAGGUUUAGGGUCUCAAUAAUGUGAAUAGAUUCUAAUUGGAGCCGUGAAUGUUACAGCUUUCAAUCCAGAGAUGUUUGUUUCAAUACUUUUAAUUUUGAAUUUCCAAAUUAUGAUUUUUGUGUUGAAUUACGUGGAAUACUAAUCCGAAGACUAGAGGUGUUUGUCUCAAUGAUAAGUGAGUUGCAUGUUGGAGCAUAUUGUGACAUUUGUUAUAGCUUGUGAGUCUUCAGCCAUUACACCUUCAUCGGAGGUCAGCAUACACAGAUAUCAUGCACAGGUGAUCAACGUCAUCAUGAGAAUGUAUCCAAUAAAACAAUUUGUGAAAGAGAA